AUGAAGAUUGUUUUAUUGAUGUUAAUGUAUUAUGUUGUUAUUAAUUCAGAACUUGGAUUUCCCUCUAAAAUAGUAGGAAACAUCAGUGGAAGAUUUCAAGCACGAAUGGUCAGUAUUCUUUUGUCUCGAGCAGGACGCCCUUUUGACCAAGAGCUUGUUCACCCUGCUGUUGCUAUCGCUCAGAAGACGAUCAGGAAGUUUUAUCCAAACAUUGACUUGCAAGUCGUGUUUCUUAACGGAACCAAUGACUGUACAGCAAAUUACGCUGGAGCAAUGGCUGCUGAACAGUAUUACCGUCACUAUGUAUCAGGAUUUCUAGGACCUGGGUGUAGUCUAGCUUUAGAUCCAGUAGCACGAAUGGCAGCCAGGUGGAGCAUUCCAAUAUGCACUGCAGCAGGUAGCAAUUCCAUGUUUGGAAACAAGAAGGACUUUUCUACUCUAACUAGACUCUCUCACACCAUGGGAGGCAUUGCUAACACAGUUUUAUCAGUCCUUCGUUUUUUUGGGUGGCAUCAUGUGGCAAUACUGUAUGACGGAGCUCAGGGUUUUUCAUCUUUGGUUGCUAGUAGUCUGGAGCGAGCGCUUCGGAGAGAUUUGAAGUUUUUUUUCUACCUCCACCAUCAGGAAUUUAAUAGUCUACAAAAAAACGUCCCUUUUCGUGAGAUGUUGGAAACAGCAGCCAAAUCUGCGAGAGUGUUUUUCAUUUCCGCAAAUGGGCAGAAAGUUCGGGAGAUUUUGUUAGUUGCCCAUGACUUAGGAAUGGGUGAUGGAGAAUUUGUAUUUUUGACAGUGGAAUUAUUCAAAAACGAAAGAUCGUUUGGAAAUUUUUCUUGGUAUCAACUUGGAGACACUAGAAAUCAAGACGCUCGAAGGAUCUACGAUUCAUUGUUUUCCAUCUCCAUCAGAGCUCCAGAAGGACCAGAAUACCAAUCUUUUGUUCAGGAGGUCAUCAACACGUCUUGGACAGUUUUCGGAACGAAGUUUACUCACGACGCUGUUAAUUUUAUUGUUGCUGGUUUCCAUGACUGUGUCGUAAUGUAUGCGUGGGCUUUGAACCAGACAUUGGCUGACGGAGGAGACCCUUUAGAUGGGUCUUCCAUCAUCAGAAAGUUGUGGAACAAUACAUUUCGUGGAGGAAUAACUGGUGAUAUCAUCAUCAACGCUAAUGGCGACCGCGAAACCGAUUACACUUUAAACGAGUUGGAUGAAAAAUCUGGAGAGAUGAAGCCUGUUGCUAUUUACUUUGGUUUCACUGAAAAGUUCCAGUUGCUAGAUGGCGCUAAAAUCCACUGGCCAGGUGGUCGCACAAGUCCACCACCAGAUGUUCCCUCGUGUGGAUUUCUAGGUGACGAACCAAUGUGUCACAGUAAAGGGUACACCCAUAAAAACUCAAUUAUUUUUAGAAUCAACGUAAAUAAGUUAAUAGCAUUAAUCCUUAAGAUAUUGAACAAAACCCAAUCAACAAUGGCCACUACAACAAAAGAAGCUGAAAAUAAUGUUGCAUUAUACAAGAUAACUGACCAUGCCAUCUGUUUAAACUACAGCCAGGAGGUACAGACUUCUUUGAACUCUUCCAAUAAAAAAGAACAUUAUCAAAAUAAAAAGUGGUCAAAGACAACGAAAAGACGUAACCAAAACUUGCGUGCUCUUUACAAGAUGAGAAAGUCCAGAGAAAGUGAACAAUACAUGUCCACAGUAACCACUUUUGACAGCAUUGAAGCUUCAGCAGAGGAUAAUGGUGACGAGUCCUACAAAGCAUCAGAUGAAGCAGAGAGUGAUCCACUUACAAAGAAGAAGAGAAGAGUUUCCAAGAAUCUGAAGCUUUGGAUGAUCCAAUCUCCAGCGAGUUCAAGUAUGUACGCUGUAAUAUACGAAAGGUCAGAGCAGAAUUUUAUGAAACAGUUAACAAAAUGA